AUGACUCUAGCAGAGAUGGACAGAAAUCCUGUUGAGGAGGUUAAACUGUUUGUGAAUGGAGAGAUGGACAAGAAAGUACCACAACAGUCACAACCAACACCAAGUGAACAGUCCUACAUCAAGAGUAUGUUGCCUGUAGCCUGCUACUGUAGUGCUAGUGUUCUGAUGACUAUUACGAACAAAUAUGUUCUAUCCGGAUAUGAUUUUAAUAUGAACUUUUUCUUACUGACGGUGCAGGCUGCUGUAUGCGUAUUGUUUCUUAAUGUAUUUAAGACAUUCAAGCUUAUUACAUAUCGUAAUGUAGACUAUGAUAUAGCACGGAAAUGGAUAACUGUAGUAAUAUUAUUAAUUUCUAUGAUCUAUAGUGCAACAAAAAGCUUGCAAUUCCUGUCGAUUCCAGUGUACACAAUAUUCAAAAACCUAACUAUAAUACUUAUUGCAUAUGGCGAACUAUUGUGGUGUGGAGGUUCAGUCACGAGGCUGAUGUUAGUGAGCUUUGUCUUAAUGGUAGUGUCUUCUAUAAUUGCUGCAUGGCCAGACAUAGGAAACACGAUGGAGAGUGUAGAGCUAUCCGUUGGUGUCAUCGGAUACGGAUGGAUGCUGUUCAAUUGCUUAUGUUCUGCUGCGUUUGUAUUGACAAUGAGGAAGCGCAUCACCAUAACAAAAUUCAAAGACUUUGAUACCGUCUAUUAUAACAAUUUAAUGUCCGUUCCAUUGUUGAUGACGAUGAGUUUGAUCGUCGAAGACUGGAGUGUUGAGAACCUAGAGAGGAACUUUCCAAAGGAAGUUCGCACUACUAUUAUAUCUGCUAUAGUGUUCUCUGGUGCGUCCGCCUUUGCCAUAUCGUUUACUACUGCAUGGUGCUUACGAACUACUUCGAGUACAACGUACUCUAUGGUGGGCGCAUUGAACAAACUUCCCAUCGCUGCAAGUGGCAUGGUAUUCUUUGGAGAUAAAGUAACAUUUGCAAAUGCUUCGGCAAUUCUAGUUGGAUUCACUGCUGGAAUAAUAUACUCGUAUGCGAAGGCUCAACAACAAUACAAGGAUAUUGAUGAAAACUGUGCUGGCUUCUUAUACGUUAUUUGUAUACCUCUCACUCAGAAAAUGGUUUAA